AUGGCGCCAGUUCCUAGCUUACCCAAGAAAUCCUUGGGCAAAGUCCUCGUAAUCGGCGGCUGCGGCUUCCUUGGCCACCACAUCGUGUCCCUGCUCGUCACCUCCUCCUCGACGACCUCGUCCCAGAUCUCCGUCCUCGACCUUCACACCACCCGCAACCGGCGCCCCGAGUCGGACAAUGUUGCUUACUUCGAUGGCGACAUAACGACGCUCUCCUCCAUCCUCCCGAUUUUCGAGAAGGUAAAACCAGACGUCGUAAUCCACACGGCGUCGCCAACUCUCGCCGGGGGGAGCAAGGCCAUGUACCAAAAAGUCAACGUUGAAGGGACGAAAUGUGUAAUUGAGGCGUGUCAGAAGACGGGGGUCACGGCGCUGGUCUAUACGAGCUCCGCCAGUGUCAUCAGUGACAAUUCCAGUGAUCUUAUUAACGCGGACGAGAGGUGGCCCGUCAUUCCGCCAAAGGCGCAGACGGAAUAUUACUCUCAAACGAAGGCAGAAGCAGAAGCCCUAGUGCUCGCCGCGAACAGAGCCCCCGCAUCCCCCAAACUCCUCACCGUCUCCAUCCGUCCGGCCACCAUCUUCGGCCCCAGCGACGUGCAGCUGAUCCCGGCCAUGAUCAACGUGUACCGCAACGGCCAGACCGGGUUCCAGCUCGGCGACAACCAGAACCUGUUCGAUUUCACCUACGUCGAGAACGUGGCCCACGGCCACCUGCUCGCGGCGCGCGCCCUCAGCGCGACCUCGCAGUUGAACAUCAAGCCCCUGGACCACGAGCGCGUCGACGGCGAGGCUUUCUUCAUCACCAAUGAUUCGCCUGUGUACUUCUGGGAUUUCGCUCGCAUGGUGUGGAAGGCGUGCGGCUCGACGCUCGGCACCGAGCAUGUAUGGGUCAUUGGCAAGGAUGCAGGACUUGCGCUGGGGGGGCUGUUGGAAUGGGGAUUCUGGCUGGUGGGCAGGACGCCGAAGCUGACGAGGCGGCAGGUGAGGUACAGCUCUAUGACGAGAUAUUAUGAUAUCUCCAAGGCAAAGAAGCUCUUGGGGUAUGCACCGAUUGUGGGGUUGCAAGAAGGGAUUGAGAGAGCGGUGGGCUGGUUUAUGGAAGAGGCGAAGAAGGAGGAGGAGAAGAAGGGGCAGUGA